GGGGAUCAAGACUUUAAUCGUGUUCUCUCUAGUCCUUAGUAUAAAAGCAUCUGCAGCGAGGAUAGCUUUCGAAAAGUUGACGGACUUCGACUACCGAGGUAAUACCUACUACAGCGUGAAGAAUCUGUCGUUAUACGAGUGUCAAGGAUGGUGUCGUGAGGAGGUCGACUGCCAGGCUGCAGCUUUCAGUUUCGUCUUAAAUCCUCUGAUACCGAAGCAGGAGACUCUGUGCCAACUGCAGAAUGAAACAUCUGCAAACAAUCCGAGCGCGACGCCGCAACGCUCCGUGAACAUGUAUUACAUGACCAAAAUGCAAUUGCGCUCGGACAAUGUCUGCUUGCGCCCUUGGUCCUUCGAAAGGGUUCCCAAUAAAAUGAUCAGAGGAUUAGACAACGCCUUGAUUUAUACUUCUACUAAGGAAGCCUGUCUCGCGGCAUGCUUGAAUGAGCACCGCUUCACUUGCCGCUCCGUCGAGUACAACUACGUUACUCUGCAAUGCCAACUCAGUGAUUCGGAUCGUCGCACUACAAGCCAGUACGUGCAAUUCGUCGAUGCCCAAGGUGUGGACUACUUCGAGAAUCUCUGUUUGAAAGGAAACCAGGCUUGUAAGGGUAACAGGGUGUUCCAGAAUCCUAGGAUUGGAGUUGCUGAUGAUAAGGUUGCGCAAUAUGCGGGUCUUCAGUACUACACCGACAAGGAGCUGCAAGUUACUACCGAAUCCGCUUGUCGUUUGGCUUGCGAAAUAGAGAACGAAUUCUUGUGUCGCUCUUACUUGUAUAAGGGUACCCCACAGGGAGCUCAAUACAACUGUCAAUUGUUCCACUUGGAUCAUAAAACAUUGCCAGAUGGUCCGAGCACUUACUUGAACGCUGAGAGGCCACUAAUUGAUAACGGCGAACGCAUCGGAUCGUACUUCGAGAACAUUUGCGAGAAAUCGGUGGGUGGCGGUCCAUCGGGCGCACCCUCGGAUAAUUCACUCCCAGUCGUGUUCGAAGCUACCGAGGAUCCAACUUUGAACAACUUAACGAGGAGCGAUGCGAACUGCGAUAAGACCGGCACUUGUUACGAUGUAUCCGUGAACUGCAAGGACACCAAGAUCGCUGUACAAGUUAAAACGAACAAGCCCUUCAACGGUAGGAUUUACGCGCUCGGCCGCUCUGAGACCUGUAACAUUAACGUGGAGAACAGCGAUCUCUUCAGACUCGAUUUAACUAUGACCGGACAAGACUGCAACACGCAAUCCGUGGUCGGAGUUUAUAGUAACACCGUCGUGCUCCAACACCAUAACGUCGUCAUGACCAAAGCGGAUAAGAUUUACAAAGUCAAGUGCACCUACGACAUGUCCUCGAAGAACAUUACGUUCGGUAUGAUGCCUAUCCGCGACCACGAGAUGAUCAGCAUCACCUCCGCUCCUGAAGCUCCACCACCAAGGAUCCGCAUCUUGGACAGCAGAGCUCGCGAAGUCGAAACCGUUCGCAUUGGAGACAAACUCACAUUCAGAAUUGAAAUUCCAGAAGAUACUCCUUACGGAAUUUUCGCCCGCAGCUGCGUUGCCAUGGCUAAAGACUCGAAGUCAACAUUCCAGAUCAUCAACGACGAUGGAUGUCCAGUUGAUCCCAACAUCUUCCCAGCCUUCACCGCCGAUGGAAAUGCCCUGCAAUCAGUUUACGAAGCUUUCAGAUUCACAGAAUCCUACGGUGUUAUUUUCCAGUGUAACGUUAAAUAUUGCUUGGGACCAUGCGAACCGGCCAUUUGCGAAUGGGGACACGAAUCUUUGGAAUCCCUUGGCAGAAGGAAGAGGUCCGUGAACAACGCAACUGACGAAGAAAAGGAAGAGGAUAUGACUCUCAGCCAAGAAAUUUUGGUCCUCGAUUUUGGAGAUGAUAAACAACCCGAUGACUUGAAGAGCAGUUCCCCAAGCGCGUAUUACGACAAGAGUGUCACCAUCAUAGAACCAUGCCCAACGAAAACUUCAGUGUUAGCCUUAGGAGUAACCUGCGCCCUUUUGGUCUUGCUGUACAUCAGCACGGUGUUCUGUUACUACAUGAAGAAGUGGCUGAAUCCUAACAAGCACAUCGCUUGAAGAGUGCUCUUCGAAUUAUCUAAUUAGCGUCAGAACAUUAUUAUUUUUAUAUUAUUAUUAUUCGAUAACGACUUAAGAGUAUACUCCAUUAUUUUUUUGUUCGUGGUGCUUUAACUGUAAUCGUAAAACGAAUCGCAACUUUUUUUUUGACCUUUCUAUCGAGUUACCGCCCGUGAAGGAGGGGAUCGGUAACUGGAUCAGAGAUGCCAGAAUAUAUGUUUUGGGGGUUGCCAACAAUCCCACAAACUUGAAGACUCAAUACUCCUGAUUAAACUUAAUGUUAUGUUUGUAAGUUUCUGGGGCGGUGGCAGUCUACAAAACACGGUGAUGGGUGCUUGAGCUCUUUUCUUGACGUUCUCGCUGUUACAAGAGGUUUUGAAAAUAAAAAAAUAUUGAUCUCGGUGAUUGCCGUUGUUGACGCUCACUAAAUUCGUAUUCAGAAUUCCAGUAUAACAGUUGAUAAAAAUACUUUUGUAACAGCGCGAAUUCGAAACAGGUAGCGUUAGCUAACUUUUAGUAUAAUAUUUAUUUAUUUUGUUUCAUGUAAAUAUUUGAAAUUAUUUAAUAAUUUUAGA